AUGCAGGCUACCAAAUUAAAGAUCCUUUUCCAUUUCUUUCGGACGCCAUACGUUACAAAUACAAAGAAUAAAAUAUCUGGAUUAAUACCAAAGGCUUGUGAUAAUUCUACGAAUUUAGACACCGUUACCGUUGAUCUCUUUACAAAUGAUUUAUUACAACAGCAAAGAACGAAAUUCCAACAAAACAAUCGGUUAUUUGGUGAUAACGAUAUUAAAUGUUAUUCAAGUGAAACCGAAAGUAGUAAAACUAAAGAAUAUGCAGAAAUGAGUAGUGAGCAGAUUAACAAUGUCAUUUUGGAUCUUCUUGCAAGGAAUAAAGAUAAACAAAUUAGUGAAUUGAUAAAUACUUGCAGUGGCUAUCGCAAGUUAGUAAGUGAAAGUACAUUGAAGAAAUUAUUCAGAACUUAUAGUAUAACAGGCAAAACUGACAAAGUGAUACUUCUUCAAAAGUAUUGUUCCAUUGUGGAUCCAAAUCUUUAUAAGCGCAAUGGAGAGUUUAUGCACUACUUAGCGAAAGCACAUUGUUAUAAAGGAAACUCAGAGAAAGGUCUUUCAAUACUUUCUCACUGUUAUAAGAAGUAUGUUGGUUUGAGAGGUUUUUAUAGGAUCAUAUUCAGAGAAUUAAUCCAAGACUCUGUUUUAAAUAGAUCAGAAGCUACUUUAGUCAUUUUCAAGAAGUAUGUUUUAGAAUUUAGUAAUAAACUGGAAGAUAACUAUCCCCUCAUCUGUUUUUGGUAUAUAUGCUGGUCAAGUACUUGGUUCUCUGAUCAAAUGUUAGCCAAUGAAUUGUUGGAGAACUCUGAAAAGUUACAAAAUAUUGUAAAAGAUAAAGCAACAACAUUUAGUAUUAACAUUUUAAGAGAAUACAAUGAUGAUGCUGUGCUGCGAUUACUACAGUCCCUGCUCAAAUAUAAAAUGAUGUCGGAGUAUGUAAAAGUGUUACAAGUUCUAUUUGGUUACAAAUUGAGAAACCGAGAUCUUCGAGGUUGCAGAGAAAUAAUACUUAAUUGUGAAGCAUUAGGACUCUCUUUGCCUGCAAACCAACAAGGACAGUAUAUCAGAUUGCUCAUAGACAACAAAUUAACAGAUGAGAAACCAACACCUAUGAAAAUUGUUUCUAAAGAUUUCAAACUUAAGUUUUAA